AUGUCAAUUAUUCCUUAGUUUGGAUUCUUAUAUAAUAGUAGCUUGAAGGAUAAUUUAGAUCCUGAUAGUUUUUUUUCAAAAGAAGAUGUUGAAUAGAAGAUUAAUUAAACGAAUUUAAAAUUAAACAUUUAAAAUGAAUAAUAAUAAGAAAUCAAUGAUAAUUAAAAAAUUGAUUUAGAUUAUAAAGUGGAAAACGGAGGAAAUAAUUUAUCUAAUGGAUAGAAAUAAAUUAUAAAUUUUUUAAGAAUUAUUUUAAGGGAUACUGAUAUUAUUUGCUUAGACGAGGCUACGUCUAAUAUGGAUCCUUAGACAGAUUAGGAAUUACAUGAUUAGUUAUUUAAACUGGCAGAAAAUAAAACUCUUUUAGUUAUUACUCACAGAUUAGAAAAUAUAGAUAAAUUUGAUAGAGUUGUCGUUUUGGAUAAUGGAAGUAUUGUUGAAUGUGGACAUGUUAGUUAACUAAGAUAAAUUAAAGACGGAUUUUUUAAUAGAUUAUUAAAACAUUGA